AUGGCGAGGGUGCCACUCAAAGGUCUCAAGGUCCUCGGCAACCCCAGAUGGAUGCUGUCAAUGAUGCACGCACUGAAGAGAUGGUCCGGGCGCAGGACAGCUGUCUUACUCCGGGCGGAGGUCAUUGGACACCCGUACCCGAAAGGGCCGAACAAGUCCGGGUCCCACCUGCCACCUUACAAGAAGUCCGCCCGCCUGGAGCCGCAGUGCCGCACCAGCGACAGGUGGAAGCCGCAGGAACAGGUGCCGAAGUUCUGCCAGCUUUCUCUCCAGCCUCAGGUGCCUCCAGUUCCUGUUGGGCGGAUGGCGAAGGGUGAAUUCUGA